AUGACGGAACGCGCUGACGGAGCAUUUGACGAUGGAGUCGAAGAGCGCGUUAUCAACGAGGAGUACAAGAUAUGGAAAAAGAACACACCGUUCCUGUAUGAUUUGGUGAUGACACAUGCAUUGGAAUGGCCAUCACUUACUGCCCAAUGGUUGCCGGACGUUACAAAACCGGAGGGAAAGGAUUAUUCAGUGCAUCGUUUGAUUUUGGGCACACACACAUCUGACGAACAAAACCAUUUGUUGAUUGCCAGCGUUCAGUUGCCAAACGAGGAUGCUCAAUUCGAUGCCAGCCACUACGAUAAUGAUAAAGGGGAAUUUGGUGGCUUUGGUUCUGUUUCAGUGUUUAAGGGAAAGCAACAGCAACAGCAACAACACUUGUCAAAUGACAUUUAA